AUGUUUACAGUAACAAUGACACCAGUUAUUGAACAUUUAGCACAUACAUAUAUUCGUUGUUGUUCAGCAUCUGUUUAUGAUGGAUCAAUUGGACAAAAUCAAAAAGAUAUUCUUGUUGCAACAGAUGUUCCUGCUCGUGGUGUUGAUAUAAAAGAUGAUUCACUUGUAUUAAAUUAUAAUAUGACUAAGACAAUUCAAGAUAAAAGAAAAAAAGAUUUCAUAAAAAAAGAAAUGAAUAUGAUUUGA